AUGGAGGGCGCGGGCCGCACAGUCUGGCUGCUGGCGGCCCUCCUAGUGCAGAUCUACAACGGUUGCUAUCCGGUGGCGGUUCGCUACCUGCAGACGCGCAUCGCUCACCCGUUGAGCAGCCUGCAGCUGACGUUUGCCAUCAACGCCGUCGCGUGCCUCGCGCUGCUGCUGUGCACCACCCUGCCGGUGCUGGUGCGGCGCUGGCUGCGUGGCCGCCGCGAUGGCGCUGAGGAGAUGGCGGAGGAUCUAGGCUGGGAGGCUGCGGGAGGCACGGCUGGCAGCCUGACGCAGCCGCUGGUUGGGCAGGCAGAGAGUCAUGGCAGCAUCGGCAGCACCGGCGACAACCUGAAGCUGCUGGGGCAGUGGCAGAGGGAUGAGCCCGCGGCCCCGGCGGGCGCGGCAGCGCACCACCGCGCCCUGCGCCGCGAGAUCGACGGGAGGCGCUUCCGCUUGUCGCGGCGGGCGGUGCUGCUGCUGCUGGGCACCACCGCCGCGCUGACCUCAGUCAUGCUCGCUCAGGUGUAUAGCCUGCUCUUCACUCAGGCAUACCUGAGCCAGAUGGUGUUCCUGCUGGCGCCACUCCUGGUGGCCCUCAUGGCCCGGGCCCUGCUGAGCUCGCCCUUGCCCCCGGGCCUGUUCCCGGCGCUCCUGUUCAUGCUGCUUGGGGCGGGCAUGGUGAUUGUGAGCAAGGCAAUAGGCGGGGGAGGCGGCGGCGGGCAGUCGCCGGGCCAUGGCGCCGGCUGGCUGCUCGCCUGGGCGCCGCUGGGCCAGUCGGUGGGCCCUGCGGGGUUCCCCGGCUUGGGUGGCGAGCUGACGUGGAGGGACGGCGUGGGCCUGUCCCUGGCUUUUGUGGGCACCCUGGCCCUGGCCUUCUUCAUGCUGCUGGUGCAAACGUCGCGCUGCCUCAGCGACCAAGCCAUCCUCUGGUGCAGCUUCCUCACGCAGGCGAUACUGUGCGGUACGCUCACCUUGUGGCUGGAGCGGGACCGGUGGCACGUGGUGCAGCACCUCACCUGGCACGAGUGGGGCCUGGUGGCGGCUGUGGCGGUCGCGUUCACCUGGGCCGCCAACCUGGGCCAGCAGACUGUGAUUCGGAAGCUGGGCGCGCCGCAGGCCGCAGCCUUCCUCCCAGCGCGCCUGCUGGGCUCCCUACUGGCCUCCUACCCGCUGCUGUCAGAGGGCAUCAGCAGCGCCGCGGAGCUGGCCGGCGCCUUCCUGCUGCUGGCCUCGGUGACCUGGUACCUCCGCCUCCAGCAGCAGGCGGCCACCCCAGGCGCACAGGCAGCCCGGCUGGCACCAGCAGCCGAGCCGUGA